UUAUUACUAGCCGAGUUAGGAGACUAUGAUCCAGAUGAGCAUACUGGCAAUUAUGUUGCAGAUUUCAAACUUCUCCUGAAACAAACACCACGUCUCGAAGAAAAAAUAGCAGAAAUACAUCAGACUCAUUUGAGCGGCCAGGUUCCAGCUGUGGCUGAGGUUAACUUUUUACAUAAGGCGUGUCUUCUGGAUACAUAUGGAGUUGAUCCUCACCCUGUCAAGGACCAUAAGGGUAACCAGCUAUACCUGGGAAUAAACCACGCUGGAAUCUUAACUUUCCUUGGUAGUCGGAAAACGCAUCACUUCAAAUGGCUGGAUAUUCAGAGAAUCAACUUUGAAGGAAAAAUGUUCAUCAUCCAUCUUCUCAUCAGUGAAGAUGGUAGGACUAAGAGGAAACAUCUGAUCGGAUUCAAAUGUCCAACUCAAGCAGCCUGUAAACACUUGUGGAAAUGUGCUUUAGAGCAGCGAUACUUUUUUGCGGCUGAGUCGUCAGCUGAGGUCCCAUCAGUCACUACUGGAGGAGGUCUGUUUUCUCGAGGUUCAAAGUUCAGAUAUAGUGGUCGUGUAGAAAAAGAAGUUAUUGAACUGAUGGAAAACUUUCAGCGUGACCCACCUCAGUUCCAGCGAAGUUUUAUGCAUACUUCAUCUUUUCGUCACAAGAGCGAAUCAUAUCCAACCACACCAGCCACGCCAUCUAAGGAUUAUGAAACAGAUUUUUCUAACCUUCACUACAUGAACCAUUCGGCUCCAGCAACAGAAAAUGUGGACUCUAUCACAUCCACGGACUCAUCCAGCCUGAAGUACACUAAUAGGUCCACACAGAUGACUGGCAGUUUGAGUGACUUGACUCUUCCAGAACAUGAAGAAGCCCCUAUUCUUCCACUGGAAGAGGGGGAGGAGCAACAGAUUAAACGGCUAGAGAACCACAUAGCAGAGGAACUGGAAGACCUUGUUGAGGACACUCACCCCGCUGAACUGGAAGUAUCCUUACCUCCUCUGCGAGCCUCAACUCCACAGAUUACUGAAGAACUUGAGCAGGAGCUUCACAAUGAAUCCCCUGUUGAAGUCUCGACCUCUGAAUCACGACAUACUGGAAAGAACUUUGAACUCGAUCUUAAUAUUCCUAAGCAAAAAAAACCAUGCAAGAUCUCGACCAUUUCUUUCUCGUCCAGUGAAUAUAGUGCGAGUAACCAUUCUGGCCUCCCUUUUUGUACUCUUGAUUUUUUGGUGCUUGCUCGUCGUCGUCAUGGAGUCAGACUCGCCUCUUUUUAGUGAUGCACGCAAGCUGCCGGAACUAAUUGUCUUGAGACGAGAGUACUAUGAGCCAGCUAAAGACUACUUCGUGGAAAGGUUAAAAUUCCUGUUUUGAUUUUUGCAUACACACUCUGUACGUGUUAUCCGUAAAAGUACCUUAAACACACAAAUCUAUUUGUGCAGCUAAGAAUUUCUAAUUCCAUUUUUAAUCCUCCCAGCUUUCUUCUGUAAAGCUGGCCCUUUUCUAAAUAAUCUUUUUCUUACCAUUGUUUGGAUGAUGUAUGUGUUGUUAUUGAAACACAGAUUUCUCUAUUUGAUAAUAUAACCUCGUGGUAUAAUUGUUAUUUAUAAAUGUGGACACUUUUCGUGACACCUUUGUCUUUAACUUACAAACUUUUUUCAUUUCUAUUGUGAUCACUUAUACUUUGAAAGAUAAAGUAAAUAUAUAGGGCUUGGUAUUCAACAGUUUAUAUAUUCAUGGGUAUAGGUGGAAGUUAAAUAUAAUUAAAAGAAUGAUGUGAACAUUUAUCUCAAGUAUCUAUAGUGUGUUCUUAGAAUGUAAACUUUGGUUUAAAGUUACUUUAUGUUUUUACAAUAAUUUAAACAAAUGUUUUGGGAUCAAAUAGUUUUUUUAAAGAGUUUAAAUACACCAUAUGUUGUGUGUUUGUUGGUGUUUCGUCAAUAGCAAUCUGUUUUUUAUUAUUUUCUAGUAGUGUUCCAUUUAUUAUGUUGUUAGUUACUAUAUAGUUUUAAGUUUGUUGUUGACAGAUGGCACCACUAAAGGUUUGUAGGAAGAUACCUACAACUUAAAAUGAUGUGAUAUCUGAACCCUGAAAGAGUAAUGCCACAUUUAUUUAUAGGUAUUGGGUGUGAAUGGAAAGCAGAUCCGUGUUGGUGUUAAGAACAAUGCAUACUUAUCUGUUGAUUAAACAGCUGUGUGUUGGUGUUAAUUCAUGUUUAUCUGUUGAUUAAACAGAUCUGUGUUGGUGUUAAGAACAAUGCAUGUUUAUCUGUUGAUUAAACAGCUGUGUGUUGGUGUUAAUUCAUGUUUAUCUGUUGAUUAAACAGAUCUGUGUUGGUGUUAAGAACAAUGCAUGUUUAUCUGUUGAUUAAACAGAUCUGUGUUAGUGUUAAGAACAAUGCAUGUUUAUCUGUUGAUUAAACAGAUGUGUGUUGGUGUUAAGAUGUUGAUUAAAGAGAUCUGUGUUAGUGUUAAGAACAAUGCAUGCUCAUCUGUUGAUUAAACAAAUCUGUGUUGGUGUUAAGAACAAUGCAUGCUUAUCUGUUGAUUAAACAGAUCUGUGUUGGUGUUAAGAACAAUGCAUGUUUAUCUGUUGAUUAAACAGAUCUGUGUUGGUGUUAAGAUGUUGAUUAAAGAGAUCUGUGUUAGUGUUAAGAACAAUGCAUGCUCAUAUGUUGAUUAAACAGAUCUGUGUUGGUGUUAAGAACAAUGCAUGCUUAUCUGUUGAUUAAACAGAUCUGUGUUGGUGUUAAUGAGAAAAUCAGGUAUUUUAAUUUGGUAUUUGGGCUGUUGGCCAAGAAGUGACAAAAACCUAUCCCUUCUUAAGGGUUAAUCAGGAUAAUAAAAAUCAGUUAGGGCUAGUCAUUACUUUUUGUUAUUGGUUAAGUAUAUAUUGCAUUUGUUGUUCAGAUAUAUUUUUGGUUUGGCCAAUGUAAAUAAAAUAAGGUAAAUUGUAAGAGUAACGUAACAUAAUUUUAAGAAUAAACCUUGAAGGAUAUUUUUUGUAUGUUACAAUUUUUGUAUUACAUAAGGCACAUUUGUAUCUUGGUUAAAAUAGCUGUUUAGAUAUUACGGGGUUCAAUUCUGUAAAUACUAAAUGACCUCUUUCACUCAUUGUAUGGUACAGUUUUAAUACGUGUUUUUUAAAAAAAACAUUUAGCUGUAAUUUGCACAAUACCUUUAAUACUUAACCAUAUUAUCUGAAUGUUUACUAAGAGUUAUAAAACCAUUGGUGUCGAGCUUUAA